GGGUGCCAUGAGCUCAGGACAGCGGAGCGGGGCGCGGUACCGGAGGCACUUCCUGGUGGACAACUGCGCCUUCCACGUUGAACGAUGCAUGACUGUCAUGCAGUCGGGAACCCAGAUGGUCAAACUGAAGCGUGGGACCAAAGGCCUUGUCCGGCUCUUCUACCUGGAUGAGCACCGCAGCCGCCUCCGCUGGAGACCCUCACGCAAGGGCGAGAGGGCAAAGAUCCUCAUCGACACCAUCUACAAAGUCACCGAGGGCCGCCAGUCCGAGAUCUUCCUCCGGCAGCCCGAGGGUGCCCUGGACCCCAGCUGCUGCUUCACCAUCUACCACGGCCUCCACAUGGAGCCUCUGGACCUCCUCACUGCCAACCCCGAGGAGGCCCGCACCUGGGUCACCGGCCUCAAGUACCUGCUGGCCGGAAUCCGAGACGAGGACUCGCUGGCCAAGAGGCAGAGGACCCACGACCAGUGGGUGAAGCAGACCUUCGAGGAGGCCGACAAGAACGGGGAUGGCCUCCUGAGCAUAGACGAGAUCCACCAGCUCAUGCACAAGCUCAACGUCAGCUUGCCCCGUAGGAAGGUCAGGCAGAUGUUCCAGGAGGCGGACACGGACGAGAACCGGGGCACGCUGGCCUUCGAGGAGUUCUGUGUCUUCUACAGCAUGAUGUCGCUGCGCCGUGACCUCUACCUGCUGCUGCUCAGCCACAGCGGCAAGAAGGACCACCUCACCCCGGACGAGCUGGCACGCUUCCUCAGGGCGGAGCAGAAGAUGAACAACGUGACCACCGAGGACUGUCUCGACAUCAUCAGGACGUUUGAGGUCUCAGAAGAGAACAGGGCGAACGGUGUCCUGGGCAUAGAGGGCUUCACCCACUUCCUGCGCAGCCCGGCCUGCGAUGUCUUCAACCCGCAGCACCGCACGGUGCAUCAGGACAUGGAGCAGCCACUGAGCAGCUACUACAUCGCGGCCUCACACAACACCUACCUGACGGGCGACCAGCUGCUGUCCCAGUCUCGCGCUGACAUGUAUGCACGCGUGCUGCAGGAUGGCUGCCGUUGCGUGGAAGUGGACUGCUGGGAUGGGCCCGAUGGGGAACCUGUGGUCCACCACGGCUACACCCUCACCUCCAAGAUCCUGUUCCGGGACGUGGUGGAGACCAUUAACAGGGCCGCCUUUGAGAAGAACGACUUCCCGGUCAUCCUGUCCCUCGAGAACCACUGCAGUGUCCCCCAGCAGAGGAAGCUGGCCCGGUACCUGAAGGAGAUCCUGCGGGACAAGCUGGACCUCUCAGCUGUGCAUAUGGGGGAUGCUGGGCAGUUGCCAAGCCCGCAGAGUCUGAGAGGGAAGAUCCUGCUGAAGAGCAAGAAGCUGCCCCCGCACCUGGGGGCAGACGCGGAGGAGGGGGAGGUGUCUGACGAGGACAGCGCGGACGAGCUGGAGGAGGAGUGCAGGUUCCCGCAGCGGCAGAGCGCUGGGGGCAGCGAGCUGCAGGCCGAGUCCACCACCCGCAGGAAGCUGGAGCUGCUGCUGAGGGAGCGGGCCCGGGCGCGGGAAGACACGGAUGGCUGCACUGUGCGGGCACUGCUGCGGGCCACACGCGAGGGCCUGGACGCCCACCUGGGGCAGCAGCGGCAGCGCUCCCGCACCAAGGGAAGCAGGAAGACGCCGCACGUGGUGGGCCUUGGGAGGCAGAAGACCGGGAAGUCACUGUCCAGGGCGUGUAGUUCCGACGAGGAGGAGGUGACCGAGAACCCUGGCCGGGAGGGUGGCCAGCUGCCGAGGCCGGUCCGCCGCAGGAAGACCAUGAAGCUGUGCCGGGAGCUGUCGGACCUGGUGGUCUACACUAACUCGGUGGCUGCGCGGGACCUCGUGGAUGAUGGCUCCUCGGGGAACGUGCUGUCCUUCAGCGAGGCCCGAGCCCGCCAGCUGCUGCAGCACAAGUGGGAGCAGCUCAUGGCCCUCAACCAGCGGCAGCUGACCAGGGUCUACCCGUCUGCCUGCCGCGUGGAUUCCAGCAACUUCAACCCGCUGCCCUACUGGAGCGCCGGCUGCCAGCUGGUGGCCCUGAACUACCAGUCCGAGGGGCGGAUGAUGCAGCUGAACCGUGCCAAGUUCCAGGCGAACGGCAACUGCGGCUACGUGCUGAAACCGCAGCAGAUGUGCAGAGGGACGUUCAACCCCUUCUCUGGAGACCCAUUUCCUGCCAACCCCAAGAAGCAGCUGGUCCUGAAAGUCAUCAGUGGCCAGCAGCUCCCCAAGCCCCCGGACUCCAUGUUUGGGGACCGGGGUGAGAUCAUCGAUCCUUUCGUUGAGGUCGAGAUCCUCGGCUUGCCUGUUGACUGCUGUAAAGACCAGACUCGAGUGGUGGACGACAAUGGCUUUAACCCUGUGUGGGAGGAGACGCUGACCUUCACAGUGCACAUGCCCGACCUUGCACUCGUGCGCUUCCUGGUGUGGGACCAUGACCCCAUUGGCCGGGACUUCGUGGGCCAGAGGACGGUCCCGUUCAGCAGCCUGGCGCCAGGCUACCGUCACGUGUACCUGGAGGGGCUGCCUGAGGCCUCGCUGUUUGUCCAUGUGACCAUCAACGAGAUCUACGGCAAGUGGAGCCCACUAAUCCUCAACCCCAGUUACACCAUCCUGCACGUUCUAGGUGCCACGAAGAGCCGCCAGCUGCAGGGCCUGAAGGGGCUGUUUUCGCGGAACCCCCGGCCUGGCAUCGCCGAGGGCACCCCGCACGCUGUCCGCAAACGCUCCCUGGGCGAGCGGAUCCUGCGGCGCUCGGCCAGUGCCCCAACCAAGGGCAGGAAGAAGAGCAAGCUGGUACUCCAAGGGGAGGUGGACGCCAGGGACGAGCUUCCGGAGGCCCCUCGAGAGCCGGCCAGCGUGCUGAGGAGGGCGCCGCGGAGCCUGCAGGCGCGCCCCGUGUCCAUGCCUGUGGACAGGAGUGUCCUGGAGCCCUUGGCCCUGCCCUUGCCGGCCCGGGCAGGAGACCCCGGAGGCCAGGAGGAGACACAAGCAGAACGCCAGGACCACGGGAGAAGCGCAGGGCCGGCCACGGUUGGACACCCGGGCCUGUCCUCAUCCUUGUCUUCCUCAUCCUCCUCGGCCCCCGAGCACCCAGACCCACCAGACAGCGACGUCUCCCGCCUCAUCGACCAGGCCGCGCUGUCCCUGGACAGCGAGCCGGGCAGCUCCAUCUCGGCACUGCUGGGGGACCCGCUGGAUGAACCCGGGGUCCCCGCGGAAUCUGCGUCCCAGCCCUGCCCCUCGCCGGCCCCUGCCGCUCCGGACUGGGCUGCACUCUGCUUCUGCUCGGCGGACAGCAGCCUCGUGGAGGUGGGCGUGGACCCUGGGACUGUGUCCUUCGGCGCCUGGGACGCGGUGCGCCAGGACCCUGGGUCGCGGGGGUCCCCUUCGGGGCGCGCGCCCGCGGCACCCCCCUCGCACCAGCCGCCGCCCGCGCCUGCGCUGCCCAGCCCGUGCAAGUCCAAGAGCCUGGGGGACCUGACCUCUGAGGACAUCGCCUGCACCUUCGAGGGCAAGUACCGCUGCAUCAGCCGGAGCUUUGUGGCCGCGGGCCCGCCGCCCAGGCCCGGCGCCGACGCGCUCACGGAGCAGCUGCGCAGGCUGGUGUCCGGCGAGCCCGAGGACGCCCGGCCGGAGGCGCUGACCAGGAAGCUGUCCUCGCGCAGCCAGAGCCGCGUGCGCAACAUCGCCAGCCGCGCCAGGGAGCGGGACGGCGCCAGGGCACGCACUGGGGGUGCGCAGGAUGCGGUGGGUGCGGCCGUGGUUCUGCGCUCCAAGCCCCGCGCCGGGCAGCCGCUGGGCAUGCGCCACUCCACUGGCUCCUACAUCGCGGGCUACCUGGGUGCCAGGGGCGCCGAGGGCCGUGGCGUGCCAGAGGGUUGUGCUGCCCCGCGGCCCGGCCGCCUGCAUCCGCUGUGCGUCCAAGGCCGCGCGCUGCAGGCCGAGCCUGGAGGGGCCAACAAGCCGGAGAUCUAUUUCCUGCUGAGGCUGUGA